AUGAAUAAUCCGCAGGAAGGUAGUGCUGUUUCCCCUGCAACUCCUUCUGUGAAAGAUUUGGUGAAGGUUUUGUAUGGAGGAAAAAGGUUUGGUAAUCAUGUGGAUGAAGUCUGGCCUAACCUGUUCAUUGGUGACAUGUCAGUAGCCAAUGAUCGCUACAGUCUGUGGAAGCUAGGAAUCACUCAUGUUCUGAAUGCAGCUCAUGGGAGGAUGUACUGUCAGGGGAGUCAUGACUUCUACGGAUCUGCUGUGGAUUAUUAUGGAGUGCCUGCAGAUGACUCACCGUCCUUUGACCUCUCUCGCUAUUUCUUCCCCUCUGCUGAAUAUAUUCAGAAUGCACUUGACACGGCUGGUGCACGGAUUUUUGUCCACUGUGCAGUCGGAGUGAGCAGAUCUGCCUCCCUUGUCCUGGCCUAUCUAAUGAUCCACCACCAUUACACUCUACUAGAGGCCAUCAAUAAAGUCAAAGAGCACAGGUGGAUUUUCCCAAACAGAGGAUUCCUCAAACAGCUUCGGGCUUUGGAUGUGAAACUGCGCAAAACAUCAUGAACGCCAAUCAUAUUUAAUCCUCAACACUGAUAUUCUAACUUACAGAGCCUCAAAUGCCUUUUUUCCUCAAGACAAAUGAAGGAUUCAG